AUGUCAUCAGGUGUCAAAGUAGCUGUUAGAGUCAGACCAUUCAACUCUAGAGAAAAAGAAAGAAAUGCAGAGUGUAUUGUAAAGAUGAAUGGUAAUACAACGCUGUUGGUUAGACCAUCGGCGUUGCGUGCCAAUCCCAAUGCACCACCCACAGCAGAGGACGAAAAGUCAUUUACAUUCGAUCACAGUUAUUGGUCGUUCGAUAGCGACGACCCCAAUUUCGCAUCGCAAACAACGGUGUUUGACGAUCUCGGUCGUGAAGUGCUUCAGAAUGCAUGGGAGGGUUUCAAUUGUACGAUCUUUGCGUACGGACAGACAGGUUCAGGAAAGUCUUAUUCUAUGCUUGGUUACGGUGAGGACAAGGGUAUCAUCCCUCUGGUUUGCGAGGAAAUGUUCAACCGUAUCGGAAACACCGUAUCGAACGAACGCGAACAAACCGUAUUCAAAGUGGAAGUGAGUUUCAUGGAGAUCUACAACGAGCGUGUCAAAGAUCUACUCAACCCCAAGAACAACAAGCCUGGAGGACUAAAAGUUCGUAACAACCCAUCAACUGGUCCCUACGUAGAGGAUCUUUCAAAGUUGGCAGUAAAGAGUUUUCAAGAGAUUGAAAUGUUGAUGGACGAAGGUAGUAAAGCACGUACGGUGGCAUCGACAAAUAUGAAUGCGACAUCUUCACGUUCGCAUGCAGUGUUUACUAUUGUGUUUACACAGUCAAAGAUUGAUAGAGUUCGUGGUGUUGCUAUCGAUCGUGUCAGUAAGAUUUCACUGGUCGAUCUGGCGGGUAGUGAGCGUGCUGCCAGUACCGGUGCGACCGGUGUUCGUUUGAAGGAGGGUGCCAACAUCAACAAGUCGCUCUCCACCCUGGGAAAGGUAAUUUCAGCGCUCGCCGAGAACUCGUCGACCACCAAUCCAAAGAAACAGGUGUUCGUGCCGUAUCGUGACUCGGUGUUGACGUACCUGCUGAAGGAGUCACUCGGUGGUAACAGUAAGACCAUUAUGAUUGCAGCGAUCAGUCCUGCCGAUAUCAAUUUCGACGAGACACUCUCGACACUGCGUUAUGCGGACAGCGCCAAGAAGAUCAAGACAACCGCAACUGUCAACGAAGAUCCACAAUCCAAAGUAAUCAGAGAGCUUCAAACCGAGGUGGAGCGUCUAAAGCAAUUGCUCUCUGCCGGUGGACUUGGUGCUGCCGACACUGCCAAACUAAUGGGAUUAACAAACGAUGAUGAUGGUGGAUUAGUACUAAGUUUGAAUGAAAAGAUUGAACAAUAUGAAAAGUUGAUGGCUGAACUAAACAAGUCAUGGGAGGAAAAGUUAAUUGAUGCGGAAAAGAUUAGAGAGGAAAGAAUGUCUGCUCUAAAAGAUAUGGGUGUGGCAAUUAAAGUUGUUAGUUCAAUCCCACAUUUUAUCAAUUUGAAUGAGGAUCCUUUGAUGUCGGAGUCGUUGAUCUAUUAUCUAAAAGAAGGAACAACGAGAAUUGGAAGAUCCGAUGCAGAUACACCACAAGAUAUUAUAUUGAAUGGAUUGAACAUUGCCAAAGAGCACUGUUUGAUUGAGAAUAAUAAUAGUGUGGUUACGAUCACACCGAUCACCGACGACAGUAGAACACACUCAUCGAUUUUUGUCAAUGGUUUCGAGAUCAGUGCACCCACAGUGCUUCAAACCGGUAAUCGUGUCAUCCUCGGAAACAAUCAUAUCUUCCGUUUCAAUCAUCCCGAGGAAGCGGCCAAGAUUGCGCGUGAACGUGAGCGUUCCGCCGACAGUCAUGCGCUCGCCAAGAAAGAUCAGAUCAUCGACUAUGACUUUGCGCUGAAUGAGCUGGCGUCGGCACAGGGCAACCUCGCCAUCACCAAGCAGAUUGGCGACAAUCGUGAAUUCCAAAAGCAGAUGAAGGAGCAGAUGAAGGUGCUCUACGGCCAGAUGCGCUCACAAUUGGAGCGUGACUUUGAUCCAGAGACAAGAGAGCGUCGCGAGAACCUCGCACUCAUUGCCAUACGAAGAUGGCGAUCCAAAGUCUACCGAACACGUCUGCUCAACCGAAUAUCGCAUCUCAUACUCUCGCUCAACGAAGCCAACGCAAUCUCUGACACAUUCGCCAAGAAUAUCGAUUUGUACUUGAAACUCUACUCGAUCUAUCCACAGGCCGACCAACUCAACGUCGUCGACGAAGUCGAAGUCGAUUGGCGAAUGACCCAGAUCGGCGUCAAAGUAACCAAGAAGGAUACUGGUGAAGUUACAAUGAUUUCCGUUGAAGAGUUUAUAGAUAGAGUUUAUUCAAUGAGAGAAUUAUAUCAAAACGAUGGAAAGAUUGAAAAUGGUAUUGAAGAUCCAUUUAAUUUCAAAUUUGAUGGAUCUAAUUUAAUUGGUGUUUCACAUAUGUACUUAAAGAAUAUAUUAUAUUUGGUGGAUAUCAAUAGACCGAUUCCAAUUCUGGACACUAAUGGUUCACUCAAAGGUUAUCUUAAUGUCAGUGUAACAACACAGGUUGCCGAUUUAACCGAUGAUGACCAACCAUCAUUACUAUCUGGUGAUCCAUACAUUCUCAUUGGAAAAUCAAUGAAUAUAACCAUUCAAUUCAAUGGAAUCAAUGACCUCAAAGAUCAAUACAACGAUUUAUAUUCUAAAUUCAUAUUCAAUUCCGAUAAACAUCAAACAACACAUUCAAAACAACUUUUAGAUAAAAUAACUAUAAAUAUCCCAAAUAUAUCGGAUGAAUUGAUUAAUCAUUUCGAAACCGAUUAUAUUGCUUUUGAGAUCUAUGGAAAGAAGAUCAAUCAGUUGGAAAAGUCAUUCGAUGCAUCGGAGGAUCUCAAGAGACCGAUGGUCGAAUCCUAUGAAUUUAUGGCAUCGCUCAAUAUCUUGGAGCCAGAGCAAUCCAAGCUUUUCAAACCUGUCCACGUACUUGAGGAUUCCGACAUUUCCAACAACGCACCUUCCGUUACCUUUAGAUUGAAGAAAGAGAUCUCCACUCGUCAGAUUGUUCUCAAACUGAUUAAAUCUGACGCCACCAGUCAGAAUCAGUUGGUGAAGAUCAAGCAGUGCAAAUCGGUCACUGUCAGUCAUGCCCGUUCGAUCGGCAAGCGUGAGCCACCCACCAAUCUGGCGAUGCUGAGUGCCGGCGCGCCAAACACCCCGUCGACACCAUCCACCCCAAGCAACCCAUCGCGUUCACAAGCCACUCCUUCCACACCCAUCACACCAUUCAACUACAACAACGGUAUCUCAACACCACAGGGAACACCUUCGAACAGCUUCUACGGCUCGUCGAAUCUCUUGUUCCAAAACGCUGCCAACACACCCACAACAAGCUCCAACUUUGCUGGCAAAGGCGGUGCAUCUUCCUCUUCGGCCGGAUCGUCUUCGUCCUCCUCGAGUUCCGACGAGUUUGAACUGCCUGUCAUAUCGGCGAGUGAAGACACUAUCGUUGUGUCUUGGAAUAACACUGAUCCUUCGCAUCUCUUCAAUAUCAAGACACGCAAGGGAAACAAGAUUCUCUUUAAAAUCUCAUACGUUCUUUCGAUUGUUGAUUUCCCAAGUGACGUUGUCAUUUCCAAGGAUGUCUCUGUCAAGAUUCUCUCUUCGGAGCUCGUCCAACAGCCAGAGGGAGCCAACUCGUCACUGAGUAACCUCCUCGAUAAAUUCAAGCCACACUUCAAGGGAGAGAGUAUUCUACACGACAGCGAGUCGAGUAUACUCCACUCUGGAUCUGUAUUUAAUGUACAUCUCACCAAGUCGCGUCAUGUCGAACACCAAAACAAGAUUGGCGAUAUGAUUGACAAUCACCAAGAGAACUUUGUAAAAUUAGGAUAUGCCAUGCGAAUGGAAAAGUUGCGUCAAGAGUUGGAUUUGCGACAGAAGCUGAGUGUUAUUCGUGAGAAACAACCAGAGUCUGACGAGAGCAACAAUGUCGAUCGUAUCGAAGCCGAGGAGAUCGUCAAGAAGAUGUCGUUGAUGAACAACGCUUCCAAUGCCAAGCGUGCUACCAUCUCGAGAAAGAAGAGUACCACCUCGGUCAUCGAGGUGAAGAUCAAUGAGAUUGGCAGUAGUGCACUCAUCAAGGAGGAUGAACUACGUGGCUAUCUCAAGAAGAAGUCGACCUACAAGGACGAGUGGAAGUCGCGAUUCUUUGUUUGGAAGAAGCCAUACCUCUAUUACUCGCACUCUGAGAAGGACAUUGGUCAAAAGUACAAGAAGAUCGAUCUUACCAAUACUUCGAUCGCUCCGAUCCCUCAGGAGGAAGUACAGCAUGGUUUUGCGGUGAUUCAGUUGCGUCGUGUCUGGCUGUUGCAAGCGUCGAGCAAUGAGCAGCGUGAACAAUGGAUGCAGACUCUCGAUCCCACCAGAAAAAUCAGUGAGAUCAAGGACGAAGAACUUCGAUCGGCUAAACAGCAAUUGGAGUUGAGUUCGUCGCAGCUUGACUUGACCGUAGAGAAUACUUCGCAUAUCAUGGAGUUGCUCACCGAGCAAUCAAAGAACUACAAGAAUGUCGCAGAGAUGGAGAUUGAUGCACUCAGAGAGGAGACACUGCAGUUGCGUGAUACAAGCAUGACUGUCGGUGUCAAGCUGGCAGAGUGCAGAGAUCUCAUUGUUGCGCUCGAGCAAGACAAGCGUGAGAAAGAUGAGCGUAUUGCCCACUACAAACAAACGAUCGAGGCAAACAACACCAUCACCAGCUUCCAACAGAGAAACUUGAACACUUUGAAAGAGGAUCAGAAAUCAAAGCAAUCGCAUAUCGAUCAACUCUCGGAAUCGGUUGAACGUUCGUCGAGAACGAUCGCUGAUAUCAGUGAGCAGAUUUCACAGACCAACUUGUUGGCAUCGACCCAAAAGGAUGAACUUCACAACAAGAGUCAGGAAAUCACACAGAUCAACUCUGCAUACAAGAGCGAAUCGACCAAACUCCAAGAGCAAACCACUCAAUUGAAUACAUUGUCUGGUUUGCUUCGUACUCAGAUGAAAGCAUUCGAGAAUAGUCAAGAGAUGCAAAAGGAGCAAUCGGCCAACGAGCAAAAGAAGUUGGUGUUGCUGCUUGGCGAUUUGGAGGGUGGUCUCAACAAAGCGAGUCAAACCAUCACAGAGCAAGGCAAUCAGAAUCUCAUUUUGAAGAAGCAGCUGGAGGAAGCAUCGAAAUUCAAGGAGUUGAAUGCUCAAUCCGAAGUCAAUUUGAAUGCCAUGAAAGACAGACUGGUCAGCUCGGAGAACAAGUUGAUCGACCGUGAGUUUGAAAACACAUUGUUGAGCGACAAACUAAAGUUGUGGGAGGAGGAGAUCAAGAUUAAAGAUUCGAAACUCAGAUCACUUGAGAACAGCGUAAAGGAGGUCAGAGCAGAGUACGAGAACGGUAUGGCAUUCUCCAGAGAGUUUGCCAACCCCGAUACCAACGGAAAGAAGAACAAUCGUAAAUCAAAGAUGCUCAGUCCAGAGGAGCAAAUGGAGAAUAUGAGAGAGAGUUCAAUUGCACAUCAAACUCAUAAUGCUUUCCUUAAUUUACAAUUACAAAGAUUGGAAUCAGAUAUGAAACAACAAGAAAAGGUUUAUUACGAUACCAUUCAGAGAUUAAAGAAAGAUCUACAGACUAGAAAUCAACAGAAUAUUGCUUUUAUGAAACAACAGGCUGGUGAAGAGGUAACAAAGAAACUGGAGGAUGUUUCAUACAACUAUGAACAAUUGAAAAAGAAAUAUUUUGUUAGUUUGGUUUUGGCAACUAAACUUCAACAUGUAAUGUCUGGUAAUAUUUGUAAUGUAGAUGCCUAUGAUAUGUAUGACCAAGCGUCCAAUGAGCAUGUUUUAGAUGUCGAUGCAUGGCCAAACUGGGUAGCCGAAAAUAUUGUUAAAAAUAAUAAAUAA